GAAGGAAGAGAAAAGGACAGGCGUGAAAGGUUUCUGAGACAAAACUCUUCAGUUGCUUACUGAAUUUCUCUCUUUCUCUCUCUCUCUCUCUCACUGUCUCUGUCUCUCUCACAAACAAACACACAGGAGUACCGAGCUGAGAGAGAUAUGGAUAUGGGUAAGAUAAACUUGGGAUUGGUUGUUUUGAAGGGAUAAUGAACUGGGGAUUCAUUUCCUUCUUUCCAGAAGAAGAUGGCUCUGCAGAAGCAAGAAACCCAACAGCUGCAAACCCCACCGUUGGUUCUUGAUGGGCUUUAUUGUGAGGAGGAGAGUUUUGAGGAGGGAUUAGGGGAGUGUGUUGACGAUGGGAGUAAAAAGGGUGGGGAAUUUGUGAAAAAGGAGACAUUUUCCCCAUUGUUCUGUGUUGAGUAUGACCUGUUUUGGGAGAAUGAUGAGUUAAUGUCUUUAAUUUCCAAGGAAAAAGAGAACCAUUUCUGUUACAACAAUGUGCUGUUAGAUGAGGCCUUAAUUUCUGCUCGGAAAGAGGCUGUGGAGUGGGUUUUGAAGGUUAAGGCACACUAUGGGUUCAAUGCUUUGACUGCUGUUCUUGCUGUGAAUUACUUGGAUAGGUUCAUUUCAAGCCUCAGGUUUCAAAGGGACAACCCAUGGAUGGGUCAAUUAGCUGCUGUGGCUUGUUUGUCUUUGGCAGCCAAAGUGGAGGAGAUCCAUGUUCCGCACCUUCUUGACCUGCAGGUGGAGGAAUCAAAAUAUGUAUUUGAAGCAAAGACGGUACAGAGGAUGGAGCUGUUGGUUCUCUCAAGCCUUGAAUGGAGGAUGCAUCCUGUGACUCCAAUCUCCUUCCUCCAUCACAUUAUAAGGAGGCUUGGAUUGAGAACCGAAUUGCAUUGGGAGUUUCUUUGGAUGUGUGAGCGGUUGCUUCUCUCUCUCAUUUCUGAUUCAAGGUUUCUGGGUUAUCUCCCUUCCAUUUUAGCUGCUGCAACAAUGCUGCGUGUUAUUAAGGAUGUUGAGCCAUGGAAUCAUCUGGAAUACCAGAACCAGCUCAUGGGAGUACUCAAGAUUAGCGUGGAUGAAGUAAAGGAGUGCUACAACCUCACCCUGGAAUUGUCAGGAUGCAACGAGAACCGAGGGCACAAACGCAAGCAUUCAUGGAUACCAAGCAGCCCAAAUGGUGUCAUUGAUGCAUAUUUUAGUUGUGAGAGUUCAAAUGAUUCGUGGGCAGUUUCCCAAUCUUCUCCAGAGCCUCGGUUCAAAAGGAGCCGAGCCCCGGAUCAACAGAUGCGGUUGCCAUCACUAAACCGUAUGUUUGUGGAUGUGCUUGGUAGCCCUCAUUAAUGUUAUCUUGUUUUGAUAUCUGGUACUAAGCAUGACAUAUUACUAUUCAGUACCAGUUCUUAAUCUGCAAUGAAUAUGUUUCAUGACUUAGAAGCUGAUGUAUGGUUCCUUCCUUCUCUGGAGCUAAACUCAAGUGCUUCAGCCAUGACUCAAUGUCUAAUUAUUAUCAUCUAUGGUAACCUAUAAACAUAAAUUUUGGAU